AUGGGUUCCGUCGCGCAGAAUCUGGAAGAGUUGAAGGGCAAUGUGCACCUCGAGGAGUUUGCUGGGGAUGGCGAGCAUGCUCUCAGCCCGGAGCAAAAGGAGUUCAUCAAGAAGGAGAAGCGAGUCGUUCGGAAGCUCGAUCUAUACAUCACGCCCGUCAUGCUUCUUCUCAUGCUGAUCAGCUACCUCGACCGUGGCAACAUUGGUUUCGCUGCCACCCAGGGCAUGACCAAAGAUAUUGGGCUGACUGGCAAUGAACUGAACACGGCCGUCUCGAUCUUCUAUCUCACAUACAUUCUGUCAGAGUUCCCAACCACCAUGUUCGUCAAGCGCCUGCAAUUCUACCGCGUUAUUCCCGUCCUCGUCUUCGCCUGGGGUCUUGUGUGCAUGUGCACGGGCUUCAUCCAGAACUACGCCGGCCUAAUCGUUUGCCGCUUGCUCCUGGGCGUCUUUGAAGGCUGCUUGUUCCCAUCAAUGACCAUGUUCUUGUUGAACUGGUAUCGGCGUGAAGAAGUCGGCCAGCGCGUUUGUUACCUUUACAUUGGCUCGGCUCUGUCCGGCGCCUUUGGCGGGCUGAUCGCCUUUGGCAUUCUAUACAUGGACGGCACGGCCGGCUACCCCGGAUGGCGAUGGCUGUACAUCAUCGAAGGAAUCGUCACCAUUGUCUUUUCCUUCAUCUGCUACUUCCUGAUCCCGCGAUCCUACGCGACGGCCUACUUCUUCAACGACGAGGACAAGGCCGUGCAGAAGCAGCGCCUCGAGCUCAUGGAAUCCUACAGCGGCGGCGACGGCAAAUAUACCAGGAAGGACGUCAAGAACGCCAUGCUCGACAUCAAGACGUGGCUGCACGGCUUCAACCAGGUCCUCAUGUCGACCAUCAUUUACGGCUUUGGGACUUUCCUCCCCAUCAUCCUCAAGGACGGGUUCAACUACUCGACCAAGAAAUCCCAGUAUUAUGUUAUCCCAGUUCAAAUCGUCGGCGCGGUGUGCUACUUCUUCGCCGCCGCCCUCUCGGAGAGAUACAAGUCGUAUUUCCCAUCACUCGUGAUAUCCGCGCCGCUCGGUAUUGCCGGCUACGCGAUUCUGCUGACCAAGCAGCACGCCAGCGUGUGGUACGGGGCGACGUACAUGAUCGCGUCGUGCUGCUACAUCAUCACGGGGACGAGCAUCGCGUGGCACGGGAUGAACAUCGCGCCGGACGGCAAGCGCGCGGCUGCCAUGGGCGUGCACCUGGGCCUGGCCAACAUCGGCGGCAUCAUAGCGGGCCAGAUCUACCGGUCCACGUCGGCGCCCAGGUUCCUGCUCGGCCACGGCUGGAGCUUGGCCUCGAUCGGCACGGGCUUCAUCUGCUGGUGGAUCCUCUUCUUCAUCUACAAGCACCGCGAGGCCAAGAAGGCCAAGCUGGUCGCCCAGGGGUACGUCGUCCCCGAGGGAGAAUGGACCGAUCGCUCUCCGGGGUUCAAGUACCAGCUCUGA